AAACUACCGCCCCUCACCGUUCGAAAUCUUUACCAGUCCGCCGCAGCUUGUCCUCACGGCUGGCGCAUCGCCACUCGCGCUGAGCGAUCGCGAUGGAGGGGAAAAACUGGUGUCGACAGUGCUGCACGACUGGUCCUUAUCCAAGAAAAAUACGUUGUUAGUGUAAAUUUGUAAUGCGCAGCAUGCAAAUUGAUUGCGCCUGUCAUGCUGGCCCUGCAUAGUAGGGUCCAUUCAAGGGCGUUUCACGUACUAUCUGCGCAUGACAGGUUUUUGCUGUCAUGCGAGACAUAUUUGUCAUGCUAGUCCUCCAAGAAAGUUACACGUACAAUCUUUUUUUCUUGGAUAGUCCUCCGUGAAGGGGCGUGAGGAUUUAAGUGGAACUUCCUCUGCUACUCCUUUCCAUGAUUCUGUCGUGCCGCUGACCUACGUGGCGAGAGGGCAAAAACUACACUUCGCCACGUUUCUGAACAUGUGCUAUGUGGGCGCAAAGGGGCCGGACAAGCCGGUCAAGAUAGCUGAGUGGGAGGCUUUUUUGCAACAGGCGCGGGCGGGGAAAUUGGCCGACAAGACGGUGCCGGGUGUAGAACAACAGCUAUUGGCGUUUAUCCGUGCGGCUUUUCUGCCGAUGACCUCGGUGGACUUGUUACCAACGCUAGACGACUUGAUCGCAAGUGAGAGUGAGUGUCAGAAAACUUGCUUGCAGUGGCUAAUCGCAGGAAUGGAGAAAGCUAUGGCGGCGAGUAACCCUGGGAGCGUUUCACCGCCCUGGACUUUCUUCACUGCAGCCCAUCACUACGACUACGAAAGCCGAACCAGGGUGGUUCCGUUUGUAUGGCGUUCUCAACAAACGUUACACUCUCAACUGUUAAAUGAAUUUGCAACGCAUCAAGACCGCAUCACAAUUUUGGCAUAGAUUUAGAUGCUGCUUAGCCCUUCGUCUUCGAGAAUUUGUCAAGCGAAGCAGCUUGAUCGUCUGGUGGCUAAUGGUCAUUUUGCAUGACAAGUCAUGUAGCUGUUGAAAGCGUAACGCCUGAGAGCCCCAUAAUUUGACGCAACUCUUAAGUCUGCGCGACUUCGUUUGCAGCUCGUGCGUAUCAAAUGCAAAAAUGUCUGGGUCUGGAAACUUGUGAUGCUGGUUGGCGUAUCGUGAGGAGGCCACAAGUGCUGGCUCAGCAUGACAAGUGUGUGAGCUUCUAGGUGUUGCCUACUCUGCAUGACAAACUGCGUUUCUGCAUGACAGAAAAAUGGCGCUCUUGGGUAACUAACGUGCAUGACAAAUUUGAGAGUCAUGCCAGACAAGCAUGACAAACAUGCACUCUUCCAGACCCAGACAUUUUUACAUUUGAUAGUGCGAGACCUGGGUCAGAUGACGAUCCUAUCGACUGCGAAUAUAGUGUCUGGGUCGGGGUGGAUGUCGAUCUAGUUGUAUUGUUUUUUGUAUAUAGGGUUUCUUCAUGGACUACUGUGUGCAACGCGAUGGAAGGUUUACGUAGCUAAAAUUAUGUCCAAAUUGCUGUAAGCAUCAACGAACGUUUUUUUCCGCUGCAAGAUGAGAGCGUGGGUUCUUACGGGUUCAUCGACGCCCGUUUGGUAUUCAGCUUUGAACCCUUACCGCGCACCAGACACUUAUAGCACCGCAUAGACCUUCGUAUCAACUGUAAAAAUGUCUGGGUCUGGAAGAUUUCCAGGUUUGUCAUGCAUAUUUCGCAUGGGCUAUGAUGCCUGUAAUGCACUACCUAGCAUGACAGAUUUUUUGCGGGUAUCUUGAUGCCGAUCCCGCAUGACAAAUGCCCUCUCCGCGGAGCAAAAACUGGACGCCUCUACUUGCUGUUCAUGCAAUACAGAUUUUUUUAGAUUCCAAAAAUAGCAUCACAAGUUGCAUUCCUCCAGACCCACACACUUUUGCAAUCUAUACGUCGUGCAAAGCUACGAAACCAAUCUUGAGAACGAUGGGCUGGUCCUUAUCACGUUUCGACGCAAACACCUGCCCCACGGUCAUUUGUCCCAGCAAAUGAACGUAAAUCGCCCGCCGCGCUUACCAUCGCCAUCGGUUGCAUUUGAUGUCUCUGCAUUGUACGCAAAUCACACAACACAUCACGCCCCGUCGACAUCGAGGGCAUACAGUUGCCAUACUAUCGAGGGCGGGUGUUUGGGGUUUUCAACGUGAUAUAGCCACGACUGGGCGAUGACGAUCGUGCGCUACUCAUGGCGGAGCCAUAUCCAUUGCAAAUGUUUUCUCAUGAUCUGGAAGGAUAGAUUCUUCCUCGCGAUACUCUUCUUACAACAAGCAAAACCUGCUCUGCCUCCAUUGAGGAGCAAAAUAAGCGAGUCUGUAUUUGCGUAUACAAAGAGCGCACUUGUUACCAUGCGGGAUAGACAACAUCAAGAGGCCGUCGCAAAAACUUCUGAUGCUGGGGCAGGCGAUCUCUCAGAAAAAGAAAUAGUGUGCACCUAUGCAGCAAAGUCGGCAUGACCCCAAAGAUAUCUGCGUCGUAGUUUCAAAGUCCAACCGAUGCUAUUUGCAGUGGAUAGGGUAACGGCUUACAGGCCAGCGAACGUUCGGAGAGGUUGGCUUAGAUUCCGCGACGCAAGUGGACGGCAGCUCCAGUUCUGGUAUGGCGUGCAAGGAGGGACACGCGGAUGGGGCACCGAGGAUCCCGCCUGGAGGCAUGCCAUCCACUUCGGGCUUCG